GGUUAUUUUGGGAACACGGUGAUGUACUAUGGCUUUUACACCAACUCUACGAUCCAGCACAGGAACAGUGGGGCUUCCUAUAACAUGCAGCUAGCCUACAUCUUCACCAUUGGAGUCUGCCUGGUCAUCUGCUUCUUCAUUUUGCUGUCCAGGUACAGACAUGGCAAAUAUUUCCGGAAUAACUUCAAACCCCACAUCUACUCCAGAGGAAUCGCCAAGCUGGUCUUUUGCUGGGACUUCACUGUCACACAUGACAAGGCUGUGAGGCUGAAGCAGAAGAACCUUAGCACCGAGAUCCGGGAGAACCUGUCGGAGAUCCGUCAGGAGAAUGUCAAGUUCACAUUUCACCAGCGGCUGACCCGCUUUUCUGUUCAUGUGAUGGCCUGGCUUGUCUCUACUGGAGUGGCUGUCGCCUGCUGUGCAGCUGUGUAUUACCUGGCUGAGUACAACUCUGAGUUCCUGAAGGCGCACAAGAACCCCGGGGCAGUGCUGCUACUGCCUUUCGUUGUGUCUUGUAUCAACCUGGCUGUGCCACGCUUCUACUCCAUGUUCAGGCUGGUGGAGUGGUACGAGAUGCCGAGGCAUGAGGUCUAUGCGCUCCUGAUCCGAAACAUCUUUCUGAAAAUAUCAAUCAUUGGAGUUCUUUGUUACUAUUGGCUCAACAUUGUGGCCCCAUCUGGUGAACAGUGCUGGGAGACCUUCAUCGGCCAGGAGAUCUACCGGCUCCUUCUGAUGGAUUUCGUGUUCUCCUUAGCUGAUUCGUUACUGGGGGAGUUUCUGAGGAGGCUUAUUGGGAUGAAAUGCAUCACAAGUCUUGGCUUACAGGAAUUUGACAUUGCCAGGAAUGUACUAGAACUGAUCUACACACAAACUCUGGCAUGGCUUGGGAUCUUCUUCUGCCCGUUACUACCACUAAUCCAGAUGUUAAACCUCUUCAUCAUGUUUUACGUCAAAAACAUCAGCCUCAUGAUGACUUUCCAGCCCCCGAGCAAGGCCUGGAGGGCCUCGCAGAUGAUGACGCUUUUCAUCUUCCUGCUUUUCUUCCCGUCCUUCACUGGAGUGCUCUGCACACUGGCCAUCACCAUCUGGAGGUUGCAACCUUCAGCUGACUGUGGCCCUUUUCAGGGUCUGCCUUCCUUCAUUCAGUCCAUCUACAGCUGGAUUGACACCCUGAGUAAGAACCCUGGCUACCUGUGGGUUGUCUGGAUCUAUCGGAACCUCAUUGGAAGUGUGCACUUCUUUUUCAUCCUCACCCUCAUUGUGUUGAUCAUCACCUAUCUUUACUGGCAGAUCACAGAGGGAAGGAAGGUCAUGAUUCGGCUGCUGCAUGAACAGAUCGUUAAUGAAGGCAAAGAUAAGAUGUUCCUGAUAGAAAAAUUGAUCAAGCUACAGGAUAUGGAGAAGAAAGCCAACCCCAGUGCACUGAUUCUGGAAAGUAGAGAGACGGAGCAACAAGGCCCUUGGCGUUUGGGGGAACAUGAUGUCUCUCCUGACCUGCGAUUUAGGCGAUCAGUUCAAGAGGAAAAUCCAAAAGCCUGA